AUAUGGGCGAGGGCAGUCAGAUGCGGAGGGAAAAACGUGGAGGCGGGGAGGUUGCCGCGGGGCCGGCGCCGGAUUUGAUCCCGCGAUUGCGCAAGGUAAGGUAUGAUAAACCUGCCAGUCUCACUUGCAAUUCUAUACAUGUGGGUGGCCUUAUUUCCCAGGUCUCUGGUGGGAUUCACGACACUCGAAGCAUUACAACGUCCUAGGUUUCCGAGGCAAUGUGGUAUCUCAUUAUUUUACGCCCGGAUACUUGAACAAUCAUCAUACGCCGAGUCCCUCAGCAGUCCCUUUUCUUCGCCUCAUCUAUCCGUGAACGCUUGGUAGACACGAAGAUGUGGUGUCAACGACAUUUCAUACGGCGCCCAAUGUUCUCGACACGACUUGGCUUUUCGGCUCCCAUUA